AUGGCGUCGCUCACCAUCGGCAGGGCCCGAUCAGCCCUCUCGAUCCUGAGCGUCUUCACCCUCCUAUCUGUGGUGCUUUUCAGCGCCAUCGGCUCAGCCAAGCUGCACAAGUUCCAGAAGUUCGCCAAUGCGGAUCGCCAGCAGUACCUCAUCGGCGUUGGCAAGGCCGACAUCACCGGCCCGGUGGUCGAGAUCAACUUUGCCGGAUAUGCCAACCUUGCCCAGACGGGAUCUGGCCUGCGCCAGCGGCUGUACAGCCGUGCCUUCAUCAUUGCUGACGUGAACAACCCCAAUGAUCGCUUCGUCUACUUGGUCCUCGACACACAGUCCGGAGACACUGCCAUGAGGAAUGGGCUCUUAGAUGGUCUAAAAGCUCUGGGCAGCGAAUACAGCGUCUAUGGCCAGAACAACAUUGCGUUGACGGGAACCCACAGCCACUCUGGCCCUGGUGCCUGGUUCAACUAUCUGCUGCCGCAAAUCACAUCUCUUGGUUGGGACAAGCAGAGUUACCAAGCCAUUGUUAACGGUGCCGUCCUUGCCGUCCAGCGUGCUCAUCAGAACCUCCAGAAAGGCUACCUUGAUGUUGGUACAACUGACAUCUCCGAUGGCGCCAUCAACCGCUCACUCUGGGCCUACCUUCAAAAUCCAGAUGAGGAGCGUGCGCAGUACAACGCAGAAACCGAUAUUACCAUGACUCUUCUCCGCUUCCAGCGUGCUUCAGAUGGAAAGAAUAUUGGUGUUCUGUCAUGGUUCCCCGUCCACGGCACUUCUCUCCUUGGAAAUAACACACAUGCUGCUGGAGACAACAAGGGCGUUGCUGCGUGGCUCCUAGAGAGUGCCAUGGCCGAUGACCCCAACGCUGCCGAAGGCUUCGUGGCUGGAUUUAGCCAGGCAAACGUUGGCGACACCACACCCAAUGUUCUUGGUGCGUGGUGUGAUGACGGGUCAGGCCAGCAGUGCAGUCUUGAAAACAGCACCUGCGCAGAUGGCAAGUCGCAGAGCUGCCAUGGCCGAGGACCUGACUUCCAAGCUUUGGAUCUAGGCGUCAAGAGCUGCUAUGAGAUGGGACGUAGACAAUUUGCUGGAGCCCAGAGUAUCUAUGAUAGUAUAGAUUCAUCGGGUACUCCUGUUGUUGGAUCAUCGGUCAAAUCUUUCCAUUUCUUCCAGGAUAUGCGAUACUUUAACUUUACUUUGCCAGAUGGCACCAAGGCUCAGACCUGCCCUGCUGCUCUCGGAUAUUCUUUUGCCGCCGGAACCUCUGACUGGCCUGGUGCCUUCGAUUUCACUCAGGGAGAGUCUGGUAAUCCGGAUAACCCUCUGUGGGGAGUUGUGGGUGGUUUGCUAAAGGCACCUGGUCCUCAGCAAGUUGCAUGCCAGCAGCCUAAGCCUAUUCUUUUGGACGUUGGCGAGGUAAGCACACCGUACGCCUGGACCCCCAACAUUGUGGAUGUUCAGAUGCUUCGAGUGGGCCAGCUUGUCAUCAUUAUCAGCCCCAGCGAAGCUACCACCAUGUCUGGUCGCCGCUGGAAGGCCGCAGUUGCGAAAGAGGCGGCCACGUUCCUUGAUGAGAGUCCUAUCGUCGUCCUUGGCGGCCCAGCCAACAGUUAUGCUCACUAUUGUGCCACUCCUGAAGAGUACGACGUUCAACGGUAUGAGGGAGCCUCCACCCUUUACGGCAGAAAUGAACUCAACGCCUACAUCAACCUUACCGUCAGCAACAUGCACUACCUCUUGCCUAACUCGACCGCUACUCCCUCUCAGGGUACCCUUCCGCCAGACAACCGCAAUAACAUGAUCUCAUUUAUUACGGGUGUCGUGCAGGAUAGCGCACCGUCGGGCAAGAACUUUGGCAGCGUCCUGGUGCAGCCAAAUCCCACUUACAGCAUCGGCGAUAUUGUCAAUGUCACCUUCCAGGCCGCUAACCCACGUAACAAUCUCCGUCAAGAAGCAACUUUCGCAGCAAUUGAGCAGCAAGGCAGCGACGGGUCGUGGACGCAAGUUCGUGAUGACUCGGACUGGUUCCUCGUUUACACAUGGCGAAGAACCAACUUCAUUCUGGGACAGAGCGAAGUGGACAUUAGCUGGGAGACAUAUGGCAACGCGAAGCCAGGGACAUAUCGUGUCAAAUAUUACGGUGAUUCGAAGCCCCUGAUCGGUAGUAUAUCGUCAUUUACAGGAACGAGCAAUAGUUUUAAGCUUUCCUGA